CCACGCAAACAAAUCCCAGCGGCUCUACACAUAAUUCAUCAGUACACACCGAACUCACAAUGCUCACAUCCUCUACCUUUACUAUCCUCCUUGCCCUGAUGAGCAGCGUGCAUCAUGCGCUUGCCUGUCAAACCAUAGCGGGUAUUGGUGUCGGCUGCACUGGAUUUCAGAAUGAGUUUUGCGAUGAAGCUGCUCUCAAAUGCCCAGUGGGACAAUGCAUGACAAAGAAGACGAGAAAGAGCAUUACAUGUCAAUAUCCCGUUCUAUACCCGAAGUGCAUCUACGACGUCUGUUGCCCUUCUUUUGCCUUACGAUAUUGGUUUGUUAGCAGAACGGGUAGCUGACAUCGUAUGCGUACCAGAUCGAAUGUUGCCCGAGAUGCUAAUAAGAGCGCAUCGUUUGUGUCAGAGUUUGAGAUGGUGAUUGUCUG